AUGUUAUGCAUUGUUCAAGCAACUUCCUGGAUAUCGGUUACAAAUGACCAGUUCAUAGGGGAAUUUGGUUUGCCAUAUACAUCUGUAACGAUCAGAAUACGGAAGUAUAAUACCUCAACACAAGCCGAAGAUUAUGUGGAUUAUGAGAAAACGUAUAAUGUCACAGCAUUAAAAUCUAAGGAAGGCGAUUCAAUAAACAUUUCAUGGACAGAUGAAUAUUUUCAAGAAAGUGGAAAUUACUUCAUUCUUCAUGAAUAUAAUGGCUCAGUGUCACAAAUUAUAAACAUAACUAAUGCUAAUCCGUCCUUAACUGAAAAAUAUGUAUAUCAUCCUCCCCCUUUUAAUUCUACAAACAUACUGAUUGAGGUGAAAAAUGUAACAGCGGGAGAUGCUGGAUUUUACAUAGGAAGUCCUUCAGCGAACAAUGCUUGGUCAGGAGAAACAGGAGCUGUUCUAAUUGUUUCUGGAAAACCACUGAAACCUACCAUAACAGGAGAUCUAGAUGUAAAGGUGGGAGAAUAUGCCAAUCUGAAAUGUGAAAGUAGAUCUACGUCUGCUCCGUACUAUUACAAGACGUUUCCGCCAUUAUCAUAUUCUUGGUUUGUCAACAGCACUAAGCUAGACAGAGAGGAUAGAGAGACCUACAGCUUAAUUGUUACCAAAGAUGUUAGAUAUAACCGAUAUAGCUGCCAGUCAAACGAAACUCUUGAAUCAGACGAAAGUGAAGAAAUUCGGAUUAACCUUUUUUGUAAGUAA